UUCGUUGAAACUGAUUAAACAACAACGCAACUGUGGGUCCCACACCGAGUGCGGCACGUGUGGGAAACGGCGGUGAUAAUCGUUCGUCGAUGAUUCCUUCUUUCAACGCUUACCGCGUAAGCAAACUUUGAUCAAAAGCAUCAUCACCCAAUCCCAAACCAAGCGCAUAACAUAACGAGAUCGCAGGCUUUUACGUUCUUCUCUCGUCUUUUACAUUUUCCAUUCGAUCUCUGCUGAGGUUGUUCCUUCUUCUCCAUAACCAUGAGUUUCAUCUUCGGAAAGAGAAAAACACCCGCAGAGCUUCUGCGGGAAAAUAAGAGGAUGCUGGACAAAUCAAUUAGAGAAAUUGAGCGCGAGAGGCAAGGUUUGCAAGCACAAGAGAAGAAAUUGAUUUUGGAGAUAAAGAAAAGUGCUAAACAAGGCCAGAUGGGAGCUGUCAGAGUCAUGGCAAAAGAUCUAGUUAGAACACGGCAUCAGAUUGAGAAGUUUUAUAAGUUAAAAUCUCAGCUCCAAGGUGUAUCACUCCGAAUUCAGACUUUGAAAUCAACACAAGCAAUGGGUGAGGCUAUGAAGGGCGUGACAAAGGCCAUGGGGCAAAUGAAUAGGCAGAUGAACUUGCCAUCUUUGCAGAAAAUCAUGCAAGAAUUUGAGAGACAGAAUGAGAAGAUGGAAUUGACAUCUGAGAUGAUGGGAGAUGCAAUAGAUGAUGCUUUGGAAGGAGAAGAAGAUGAAGAAGAAACUGAAGAUCUAGUGAACCAAGUUCUUGAUGAGAUUGGAAUUGACAUCAACCAAGAGCUUGUAAAUGCACCAUCAUCAGCUGUUGCUGCCCCAGCUGCAAAAACCAAGGUACCUCAAGUUGAAACUACUGGGAAUGACGAUGGAGGGAUUGAUAGUGACCUACAAGCUAGGUUAGACAAUUUGAGAAAAAUGUAGUCUAUAUCCUCUAUAGAUUGAUUAUAUCAUAUCAGGGAACUCCAGUUUUUCUGGGAAAAAAUUGAUGCUCAUAUGUACCAUAUAGUAUAAUUGAGAAGUUGUGCCAGGAUUUGAUGAACUCAUGAUUAUAAAAUGAUGGUUUUUAAAGUAAAUAAAUUUAAUUUUGUUGCA